AUGACGCCGAACAUUCACCGUGGCCAGUUACGUCUGUGCUGCGUUUUUUUCGUUCUUUGGCUUCUCGUCCAAGGCAGUAAAAGUACAUAAACUUGAAAAUUCUCAUCAAUUUUCUUACUCAUUAUAAUCGCUGUUUCUUGCUAAAGGUGAUUUCUUAGCGUUUGAAAAUAGCAAGAGCAGAUGAAGUUUUAGGGUGUGGCACGUUCGCAAAGAAGAAAUUAAAUUGCGUCGAAAAUCAGUUGUGGGUUCAGUUAAUGGGUUAACAUUAAAAUAAUUAUAAAUAACUAGUUAUUAAAAAAAUCGUAUUCUUUGUGUUCUUAUAAUUGAUAUUGCAAAUAUUUUAAUUUUUAUUUCUUUUAAAUAGCAGGCAUCUUUAAAGCUGGUAAAGCCAACGUGACUACAGUUUCUCCUGGGCUAUUCGCUUGCCAACAGGUCUCGUUUGCGACACCUUUCCAUGGUGGACACGAAGUUACUGUUCUUGCUUCACUGGGUCGUUCCAUCAAAAGCCCUACUCGUGGUAACGGGGGCGCCAUCUGGGUGGAAUCAGUAGAUCAAAGUGGUUUCAAGGCUUGUAUUCUAGAAUACAGUGAUGGGUCCAAUAACACACGGAGGUGGACUGGAUAG